AGGACAGUGAGAAGGUGCAAGACCGUUCACUCUUUCUCGAUUCUGUACCUGUGAGCCGCAACGCGUACGGCUUGUCGGGUAGCUAGGUGAUUGCUACACUUGAGAGGAUCGCAUCGGUCCGUGCCACCAGCAGAGGACCAUGGGAACUCUUUGCACCUCUCUCGCUCUUUGCCUGCUCUUGUCCACACCCGUAACAGCUCAAUGGUGGAAUUUCUUCUGGGCAAGCCCCAAGAGCAGCCCUCAGCCCUCUCCUCCAUCUGUAACUUCACCGAACCCUUUGGACAUGCGAGGGACAACAGCGUGGGUGGGACCUCAGGACAAGACGACAGGGAGCGCUUUCACUCCUGUGAUCCACACCAAGAUGUCAUACCUUGGCCCGGCAGGGUCUUUCCGGGGGACGCCACCUCCGGGGGUGAUGAUCACGAACGCCAGAUCGCAUUUCAAACCAUUGAAACGCUGGACGAGCGAGCGAAGCUCCGGAAGUCACCUGGACUUGACCGAGUUAAUUGGCGUGCCCCUUCCGCCUUCUGUCUCCUUCACUCCCGGCUUUGAGGGCUUUCCGGCGUACAACUUUGGGCCCGAGGCUAACAUAGGCAGGCUCACCAAGACCUUCGUGCCAGGCUCAUUCUUCAUCGACUUUGCCAUCAUUGUCACGAUUCGCCCAGCCAGCCAGAAUGGAGGCAUGCUCUUUGCCAUAACAGAUGCCCCUCAAAAGGUGGUUGAGUUGGGCUUAGCCCUCACUCCAGUUCACGCAGGUCUGCAGAGUAUCUUAUUAUACUACACUGACGGCGAGCAGCCAUCCCAUAGCCAGAAAGCCGCUGCCUUCAGUGUCCCAGACAUGACGGACCAGUGGACACGCUUUACUGUUGUGGUGGAGCACAAUGAGGUGCGUCUCCACAUGGACUGCGGUGAAGCCGAGAGGACGACCUUCCGUCGAAGGCCAGAAAGACUCACUUUCUCACAUAACUCUGGCAUUUUCGUCGCAAAUGCAGGAAGCACCGGUUUUCAGAAUUUUGUGGGAUCCAUUCAGCAGCUACUUAUCAAAGAUGAUCCCAGGGCAGCUGAGGAACAAUGUGAGGAUGACGAUCCUGAUGCUUCUGGGUAUGCUAGUGGCGAUGAUGGUUUGGAGGACCGAGAGACAGAAGAAGAAAUCACAAAAAAAGCAGGAGGGGCGAAACAUGGAGCAGCACAGGAAAACACCGUUCCAAUUCGAGCGCCACCCGCAAAGCCUCCAACCUCGGAGGGUGCUGAGGAUUCAAGCCGGCUGACCUCACCGGAGGCCAAUGAAGAAGUCUCCCUAAAAGGGCCUCAGCAGACAGACGAGCCAGGGGAAGCGUCUGAAGAGGUUCCUGUCCAGCACACUGUGAAAGGAGAGCCAGGGGAGCCUGGACUACCUGGCCCCCCUGGGCCCACUCUUCUUCCGAGGCAAACUGAGCCAGGGCCAAGAGGUCCACAAGGACCACCAGGAAUCCCAGGAAAGCCAGGAAGAGAUGGACAGCAGGGAAUGAAGGGAGACAAUGGAGAUGCAGGUCAGAGAGGACCGCAAGGAUUUCCAGGUUUGGAUGGAAAUGCUGGAGUCAAAGGAGAUAAGGGAGAGCCCGGAGUUGGUUUUCCAGGUCCACCAGGCCUUCCCGGGCCUCCUGGACCCCCUCGAUCACGCAGUGUGUCUUAUGGAGAAGAUGCGCUGGGUUCUGGGUUUGAGGAUCUGGACAGCGAUACUGAGCUCAUUCGGGGUCCUCCAGGGCCACCUGGACCUCCUGGACCACCCGGUCCCCCUGGGACCAAGCCUUCAUUGUCAGCUGACAUUGCAGAGGGCCUCUCUCACACGUAUGCUGGGCCACAUGGUGCCCCUGGUAAAAAUGGACUUGUAGGGCAGCCAGGAACACCAAUGUUUAAGGAUUGGUUUAGUGGUUCUGGUUCUGGGUCUGGUGCUUCAGGUUUGAGCACAGAGUUGCACUCUGACCUUGGCUCUGGUUUCACUUCUGAUUCUGAGUCCAGUUUUGCUUCCGGGUCUGGGCUUGACUUUGGCUCUGCUUGGGUAUCGGGCGAGGGUCGAGCGGGAAAAGAUGGGACUCCGGGCCUCCGUGGAGCUGCGGGAGAGAAGGGUGACAGAGGUUUGCCUGGAUCACCUGGGCCAAAGGGCGAAUGCGGAACCGCAGGCAAUGCGGGGUCAGCGGGACCUCAAGGGCCCAGCGGUCCACCGGGGAGGAGAGGCCCACCAGGUCCACCGGGACCCCCGGGACCCCCUAGUCCUGCAGGAACCAAAUUCUUUGUUGAGGAUAUGGAGGGAUCUGGCAAGAGUGACACGUUCCUCAGAGCAAGAGGCCCAGGCCCACAGGGUGCACCUGGUCUUCCUGGUUCGCAAGGUCCAAAGGGUGAGGAUGGAGUUCCAGGUCCGCCAGGACCCUCUGUCAAGGGUGAAAGAGGGGACCCGGGAAUAGAGGGUUUGCAGGGUCCCGCCGGACUACCAGGUCCGAGGGGGGUUAAAGGCGAAAAGGGCAGGCCGGGGCAAAAGGGCAAUCGUGGCACGGAUGGCAUCGGCAUCAUCGGACCACCUGGCCUUCCCGGACCUCCCGGCCCUGUCAUUAAUCUGACAGAUUUGCUCCUCAACGGCACAGAGAGUAUAUUCAAUUUCACAGAGAUCAGAGGACCACCAGGGCCAAAGGGACCUGAGGGCUUGCCUGGUAAAGCUGGAUUCCCUGGCCCCCGCGGACCAAAGGGAGACGUAGGCCCUCCAGGUAUCCAAGGGCCAGCAGGGCUCAAGGGAGCAAAGGGAGAGCCGGGAGUGACCAUUGCUGCAGAUGGAUCGCUUUUAUCUGCACCAAGAGGUCCCCGUGGGCCCAAAGGCAUCAAGGGUGCCCGUGGGUCACCUGGGCCUGCAGGACCCAUGGGCCCACAUGGACCUCCCGGGCAAAAGGGAGAAUAUGGCUUCCCUGGACGCUCCGGACGCCCUGGUAUGCCUGGUAGGAAAGGGGAAAAAGGAGAUUCUGUUGGCAUGCCGGGACCCCGCGGUCCACCCGGUACGCCCGGACUGCCAGGAAGAAUUAUUGGAUUGAAUGGAACAGUGUUCCCAGUGCGCCCCAGGCCGCAUUGCAAAAAGGGACUCGAUUCAAAUAACAGGGUCAAUAUCGUAAAAGCGAAAGGUGAAAAAGGAGAGGUCGGGAUACCCGGAGAGCCAGGGACACCUGCCCCUGACUUUCUCGAUGGACCUGUGGGUGUGAAGGGUGAGCGGGGAUCUAAAGGCCAGAAGGGAGAAAAGGGUGACUCGGGCCCUCCUGGGCCUCCAGGACUACCGGGGCGGUCAGGACUUGUGGGCCCUAAAGGUGAGUCAGUCAUUGGCCUUCCAGGUUCUCCUGGUUCUCCAGGCCAACGUGGAGCCCCUGGGAUUGGACGUCCAGGUCCCAGAGGGCUACCCGGCCCUCCCGGACCCCCAGGACCACUUCCUGAUUUUGAAGCAGGUGUGGGUGUCCCAGGACCUCCCGGUCCUCCUGGACUCCCAGGAUUUUCAAACCCGGUAAGCACCCACGAGACAAUUUAUGCUCUGACCAGAGAGACUCGCCGUGCCCCAGAGGGAACCUUGGCGUACGUGUCAGAGAACGGCGGAGAGCUUUACAUCAAAUCACAGAAUGGAUGGCGCAAAAUCCGGCUUGGAGAGUUGAUCCAAUCCGAACCGUCAUCCUCAUCGGCUGCUCAAGCCCACAACAAACCUGGCGAAUGGAGCCGACCGCACAGGAGCCACAGCCAAGAGCUGCAUGAGGGCAGCAGAGGAUUUCAGCCCAGUUUUCACAUCCUGCCGCAGACCUUCAAUGCCGUCGCCGGGCUCCAUCUGGUGGCUCUCAACGCUCCGUUGAAAGGAGACAUGCGAGGGAUCCGCGGGGCCGACUUCCAGUGCUACCAGCAGGCACGGGCCGUGGGGCUGAUCGGCACGUACAGGGCCUUCCUGUCCUCGCACCUCCAAGACCUGGCCACCGUUGUGAGGAAGGCAGACCGCGGCCACAUGCCUGUGGUCAAUCUCAGGGGCGACUUGCUCUUCAAAAGCUGGAUGUCCAUCUUUUCGGGAAAUGGUGGCACCUUUGACCCCUCCGUCCCCAUUUACUCCUUCGAUGGACGCGACGUGCUGACUGACUCGGCGUGGCCAGAAAAGCUGAUCUGGCACGGUUCCAGCGCAGGAGGAAUCCGCGCAACCAUAAACUACUGCGAAGCCUGGAGGACCGCCGACGCGGCGGUGACAGGUCAGGCUGCCCUGCUUCAGACCGGACGCCUGUUAGGUCAACACACCCGCUCGUGCGCUAACCACUACAUCGUACUGUGUAUCGAGAACACAUACGUCGGGAACAUACAGCAACGGAGAACUUGAAGGCUGCACUGCGAGCGGCAUUGCUCAAAAUGUGCGGGGUCGAUCAGUGAAAAUAAUCAUCAGGGCGGCGCUCUUUGACUUUGUGAUUGGGAUCAAGUUCAUGCGCAAAAGCUGAAUUGUUUCAAAUCCAUUUGCGGUCACCCUUUUCGUUUUUUUUUUUUCUGUGGCAUCCAAACCGAACUUUGAUACAGCAACAUGAAAACAACGAUGAGAACAAAAAUCCAGGUCUAAACUACACUUUCUUCUGUGCAUGGACAACAUCAGGGAAAAUAAUUGUGAUUCAAAUCAAAAUGUGUACAUUAAAGACGUUAAGUGAAUGGAACUAGACGAAAAUCACUCGCAGAGAAUAUUCACCACCAGGCAAUGCCGGGUAACGGGAGACACGCCCAAGUGAUUAACAUUGAGGAAAAAAAGAAACGUUGCCCCUGCUGGACGUCCAUUUUAUUUCACGCUAUUCAAACUGUUCAGUCUCAAUCUGUUCACUUUGUUUUAGUAUUUGCAUCACAAUUCGUUUGAGAUUUGUAUUAAUUUAUACCGUAAAGCAUAUACUAUAGACGUUUAGCGAGUUCACUUAUAAAUCUUGAUGAAAGUAAAUUGUUUGUGUGUGUGUGUGUUGAUCGUGUAUAAACAGCAUUUUUUUUUACUCCAUAGAGUUGGUCAGUUUUGUUUGCGCACGAAGUAACGGCUUGUUUUCACUCAGCAAGUACUGGCGGUGGCGUCUUCCGAGUGUCGUGUCUGAACCGCGUAAACUUGCAUUAACAAAAUGUUAUUUUCUGUCAUGUCUGAUUUUUGUGUUCCAACAAAACUUGAGCUUCUGUACUGACUGACUGAUUGUCACUGAAUAAAUAUCUAAUUAUUGUUUUUACAAA